UCGAUUCGGUGAAGUCGUCUGAUCGAGACGUACUAAGGAGGCACAAGCUUGUGGCGCGCGUAUCAGUAACAAACGCAAGAAGACUCGGAAGCGACGGUAGUGUUACCUCUUGUGGUUGAAGAAAAUUGUUUGCAGUUGCAUAUUCGCGAAAGGGAAAAGCGCAAAGCAACAAGCAUGAUCGUUCGGACGGCGAGUUGGGGUGUUCUGUUGGUGGUCGGGGCCUGCAUGGUGAGUAUCAACGCCCAGCAGACGACGACCUAUGGCAAACAGCUACGAUGGGUGACUCAGUGGAACUCUCUGGAUUUCGUUUUCUCCUCGCCGAGGGAACGAGAAGAAGCUCUGGCUUCUAAACGAUUCAUUCAUGCGAAUUGCAUUCCUCUGGAUAUGGAUGUUGAUUAUAAUAGCAAUUCUAUUCGAUCACGGGUUUUUAUAACCGUUCCACGCUUCAUUGAAGGCAUUCCCGCUACUUUGGGCACAAUCUCCCAGCAACAGGGUGCGUCAGGACCCCUGAUUGAGCCAUAUCCAAAUGCAGCUAUUCAGGCAACACCAGAAGAUGGUCGAUGUCAAGGAAUCGUAUCGGUGUUUAGAACUACGAUCGAUGAGUGCAAUCGCCUCUGGGUUGUAGAUACCGGUAAAAUUGGUGAUCGCAGAAUCUGUUUGCCGAAAAUAGUAGCGUUCGAUCUUCGGACCGAUCAGAUCAUACACCAGUAUCAGAUCCCCGCUAAUCAGCUGAUGUGUGAUGUUUCGCUUCUUGUCAGCAUUCUUGUAGACGUACGUGAUCCACCUCCAUCUGGAACCUGCUCUAAUACCAUGAUCUACGCCGCGGACGUGACUGGAUCAGGUCUUAUCGUGUACGACAUGGCCCGCGGAAAAUCCUGGCGCGUCACCAACAAACUAAUGAACCCAAAUCCGGAUCACGGCACGUUCACCAUUGCAAACGAGAGCUUCGACCUGAUGGACGGCAUGAUCAGUAUGGCCCUUAGUCCGAAAGCUCCGUCGGAUUUCACAUUCAACUCGGCGUACGGUGUCGCCAAUAAACGGCCCACUGUCCUGAGCGACCGGUUGCUAUUCUUCCACGCGCUUGCUUCAAUUUCCGAGAACGCUGUCCGCACUUCGGUGCUGCACAACGACACGAUGUGGGCGGAAGACGUCGGCGCAAUGCCCCGAGCCUUUCGGUCGAUCGGUCGCCGAACGACGCAAUCUGCCGCCGAAGCGAUGGACAGCAAUGGAAAUUUGUUCUUCGGAUUGCUGAACCAGAUGGCGAUCGCCUGCUGGGACUCCACCACGAACUACAAUCCGAACAACUUCAAGAUCGUGUCGCAAAACCAGGAUACGUUGCAGUUUCCCAGUGGCGUGAAAAUCGUACGCAACCGGAAAGGAAUCGAAGAAUUGUGGGUGAUGACCUGCCGGUUUCAGAAGAUCAUGACCGGCACGUUGAACAUGAACGAGACCAACUUCCGGGUGCAGGCGAUACAGAUUCCCGAACUGCUGGACGGGUCCCGAACGUGUCGGCUCCGUUAGAUUUUAGAAGGGGAAGGGAGAGGUGAGAAGGUAUAGUUUGUAAGUUCGAUCUGUGUAUGUGUGUUUCGAGUCGUUAUUGAAUAUAAGUACAACGAAUUA